GGAGCGGAGCGGAGCAGGGUGGCCGGAGCGGAGCUGCCGUGGGGGCGGCCCCCGGGAAGCCCCUAGCCCAUGGCCUUCAUCAUGAUGAAGAAGAAGAAGUUCAAGUUCCGCGUGGAGCUGGAACUGGACGAGCUUUCCUCCGUGCCUUUCGUCAACGGCAUCCUCUUCUGCAAGGUGCGGCUGCUGGACGGGGGCAGCUUCAGCGGGGAGUCCUCCCGGGAGGUAGUGCAGGCAAACUGUGUCCGCUGGAAGAAGAAGUUCUUCUUCAUGUGUAAGAUCAGUGCCAGUGCCACAACAGGGAUUCUGGAUACCUGCACUUGCAGGGUGUCUGUGCGGAAGGAAUUAAAAGGAGGAAAGGCAUAUGCAAAGCUGGGAUUUGCAGAUCUAAAUCUAGCAGAAUUUGCUGGAUCGGGAAAUACCACUCGUCGCUGUUUACUGGAAGGUUAUGAUACCAAACAUACAAGACAAGACAACUCCAUUCUCAAAGUUUUGAUCAACAUGCAGCUGAUGUCUGGAGACCCAUGCUUUAAAACGCCUCCUUCUACAGCAACAUCUAUAGCAAUUGCUGGAGAAUCAGAGUCUUUGCAUGAAGACAGGAAAGGUGGAGAAAACUUAAAAGUAGCACAUCUGGGUAUAGCAGAUGUCUCAUCCAAGAGUGCCUCAGUCCCAGAUGAACUUGGUGCAUGUGGACAUUCCAGAACAUCAAGCUAUGCAAGUCAGCAAUCAAAACUGUCAGGAUACAGCACAUGUCACUCUAGGUCAUCCAGUCUGUCUGAACUCUGCCACAGGAGAAACACCUCAGUGGGGAGUACCUCAGUGGGAAGUACCUCAACAGGAACUGGAAGUAUUCUGGAGCCAUGUGAAGAGACUGAGCCAAAAGUAGCUGAAGCUGAUACUGAUACAUCUACUGAAGAAGCACCACCAGAAAAACAAUGCAGACAUCCUGUAAAGCAAGACUCUGUGGAGUCACAGCUGAAGAGGGUUGAUGCUACCAGAGUUGAUGCUGAUGAUAUAGUUGAAAAAAUACUCCAGAGUCAAGACUUCAGUUUAGACUCAAGUGCAGAAGAAGAAGGUUUAAGAUUAUUUGUGGGCCCUGGUGGAAGCACUUCUUUUGGAAGCCACCAUCUACCUAACAGAGGGGGAUCUGGAGCAUACGAGCAGGUGGUGAUAAAACGAUAAGCUGGAAUGUCAAAUGAGGAAAACUUGGAGCUCUGGUUUUGAUACUUCUGGUAUUGUUUGCUCUGCUGCAAGAGCUGAGAAAGACUAAAUGAACUCAAUGUGAUCUUUUUCUGAAAAGCAGUGGAAUGCCUCUUAGCUCAUAGAGCAUCAUCUUCUGUGGUAUGAAGGCAAUGUUUAGCUAUGUGUACCUUGUGAGAGCACUUGGACCCUUUUUGUAAGCUCUGUUUGAUGUUGGUGGAAUUACUUAAUUUCUGUGAAACAUCUGUAGGAGCAUGUCCCAUUUCAAUAUAAGAGAUCACUUGCAGUGAUGGACUUUAUUUUUAAAGAAACGUUGAAAGUUGGUCUUAAAAGAACCUGAAAAAAGUCGUUUACUGAAUUUGAUCCUACAUGCCAUUUUAGUUUUACAGAAGCUAAUUACUCCUAUCAAGUCAGUUUUUAUCAGGUCAAAGUUAUGGCCUCCAAAAAACAGACCAGGAUAUGUUUUAACAUAACCAAAACCUUCUCUUAAGAGUACGGAGCACAACUUCAUUGUAAGGUUCAACAGAAGAGGUGAAUGUCACGUGCAUUUAAAACAAACCCCCAAAACUAAAUAGAUUUAAACCAGCCACUAAUCAGUUGUAUAUACUGUAAAUUAAGGCCACAGGUUUAAAUGCAUCAAAUGUGACUUUUUUUUUGUUCAAGUGGUGAAAAAGGUGGGAUUCCACACCAAAACACUAAGACACAAUAGCAUUUUAUGAAGAAAGCUGCCUUGAUUGUUAAAUCUGGAGUUCAGCAGCUGCUCCCACAGAAACUCACUUUGCUAAUGCAUGAGAUCCAAUGGGACGGUACUGUUUACAAACCUAGUCAGUAGUUUACUACCACUUAAUUUUUUUAAUUGUAGUUUAAUCCUUCACAGUCAGUGCUUUGCUUGUGUUUUGAAUGUGCCUUGUGGGAUUGGGGGUGUACAAGGAGGCUAGACCAUUUAUUAAGGAACUUAAGCUUUAAAACUAGGUAAACAUCUAUAUAUGCUAUUAUUGAUAGAACUUGUUAAGAGAAGCACUUUAUUAUAGACAUACUCUGCACACUGAAAAAGUCUUAGUGUGCAACAGCUUUGUUGAACACUUCUUUUGCUAUCUGUCCACUGUUACAUUAGGUCAAUGUACUGUAUUUAAAUUUGCACAGGUAGUGAUUUGCCUGACAGGCAAGAAAGAGCUCUUUAAAUUUUCAUUUGGAAUAUGAAAGAAUCCAUUUUUAAAGGGAUAUGUUGGGUAACAAAUAGGUAUAAUUAAUUGUAAACUGCAAAUGACUUAAUUUUUUUGUUUAAUUUAAUGGUACUGUUUAUCAGUUAAGGCCUGGAAUAAGUAAAAAUAGUGUCAUCACUUUUGAAAGCUCAGAAUGCUUCAGGUUUUG